AUGUCCACUCAUCACAAUGCACGGCAAUCCAAAUUCCAAUCCACCAAGCGUCCUCUAUCGAGCACGACAGUCAAAGAAGCGCACCAGAUUGUUCGUGAAUUGCGAGAACUCGAGUUCCCGUAUAGUCUCCACAAUGCUAUGAAGAUUUCUCUUCAUAAGACCGGCUUAAUCCUAACAAUGACAAAACUAUUCCAAGCAACCGGCCAACUCAACGAACGCAACGCCCCCAAAAGCGCCGCAGAUACAGAAGUCCUCCCCAACGAAGUCCACGACCGACAACCGGGAUCUAAUGAGCACCUUCUCGCCAUAUCACGCAUGAACUACCUGCAUUCCCGUUUCCGCAAAGCAGGCAAGAUACUAGGCGAGGAUAUGCUACAUACCCUCGGCUCCGCGGUAGUCGAUAUCUUCCGGUCCGUGGACGAGAAUAAAUGGUGGGUAUUAAGCGAGAUAGAGAAGUGUGCCAUCGGGGUGUUUCAUAAAGCGUUGGUUUAUGCGAUGGAGAUUGAUUUCAGAUUCCUCGAGUCGUGUAAGACAGGAUGGAAGGAGGUUGCGAAGCCGGCAAAGUCGACGAGGAAGAUUAGACGGAGAUUUAUGGAGUUGGCGCUGUGGAAUUUGCCGGGCUUUAUAAAGCCGGCUGUUGAGAGAGUGAUUGCGAGUAAGGUGUAUGAGCAUGUUCGCCUUCGCCGAUCCCGGAAUCAUCAUGACCACCUUGAUAAAAACAAUAAUAACCUCUGCAAAUUCAUCCUCCGCUAUUUCGCCCUCCCUCGACCUGAAUCCAAAGCUGUUCGUGUCGUAAAUGGAACAUCAAAUCCUACCACCGAUUUGUACACGACCAACCUCUGGAUCGCGCAGCCGUGGUACAUCGAACCAUCUUUCAAGAACAGGUGGGGUUUGAAAGCUAUAUUUGUGCGGUUUUUCGGUGAUGGUGCUGUUCCUACACAGGAUGGUGCGUAUAGAGAGGCUGGGUAUGAUUUGAAGGCGAUCGGGCCUGCUGCGCAGAAGAGGGGGCACGAGGAGAUGGAGGUUAUUUUGGAGGGGCUGAGGGGAAUGAAUUUUGCGGGUGGGUGUCCGUUUCAUGCGUGA